UGCGGAAGGUGAAGGACUCUGUCAACUGGGAUAUUCGUCAUAAGAAAUACGAUCAUUUUUCGGACGUGAGAAGGACCGCAGACAUGUCCCCAUCCGUGUCCCCUCGUUUUCUCUCGAUGAAGGAGGUCUCACGACACUGCACUAAGAACUCAUGUUGGGUUCUGUUGGGGACACGGGUUUACGAUGUGACGGGCUUCCUAAGAAUGCACCCCGGUGGCGAGGCGCUCAUCCUGCGCCGCACCGGGACGGACAUCAGCCAACAAAUGGACGGACCCCCUCACCGGCAUUCAGACAACGCUCGGCGGUGGUUGGAGCAAUACUACAUCGGGGAACUUGACAAGGAUGGAGAUGGUGAUGACACACAGGCUCCCAGGCAAAGGAGGAAAGUCAAAGAGCCCCCAGUGGAGGAGGAGCCAACAGGAAUCAGCAAAUGCAGCAAAGUGGACCUGGAGACGGAUCUGGUGGACUGGAAUAAACCCCUGGCAUGGCAGGUGGGUCAUCUUGGGGAAAAGUAUGACGCGUGGGUGCAUCAGCCUGUUGACAGGCCCAUUCGCCUGUUUGAGUCAGAGUUCUUCGAGUCCAGAACCAAGACCUCAUGGUAUAUGGUCCCAUUGGUCUGGAUCCCACUGGUCAUCUACAUGACGUGGUACAGUUGGAGUCUUCUGGGCCAGGAGAAAACCAAACUGCACAUCACUUCAAAUUUCUCCAUCCUGCUGCACAAGUACAGUUUCCCCGCCAUCUUCCUGCUGGGGAUGUUCCUGUGGUCCCUCAUGGAGUACUGUAUCCAUCGCUUCGUGUUCCACAUGCGGCCGCCUGCACACAACUACUAUCUCAUCAUGAUCCACUUCCUGCUGCACGGACAACACCACAAGUCUCCGUUUGAUGGAUCACGUCUGGUGUUCCCUCCUGGUCUGGCCUCGUUUGUGGUGGGGACGUUCUACCUGACCCUGCGGGCCUUGUUCUGUGAGGGGCUCGCUGCGUCUCUGUUUGUGGGGGGCCUGUUUGGGUACGUGGUCUAUGACAUGAUCCACUACUACUUGCACUACGGAUCCCCGAGCAAGGACUCCUACCUGUACAAUCUCAAGGCGUACCAUGUCAAGCACCACUUUGAACACCAAACAGCAGGGUUUGGAAUCACCACCAAAUUUUGGGACCACCCGUUUAACACAGUCAUCCCAUCUGAAGAGGCCUUCUAAGGAGAGCUACAGAGACAACGCAAACACACACACACACACACACACACACACACACACACACACACACUUUCUCUACGCACCCUGCUUCCCUUCACGCUUUGCUGUGGCUACAUUCUUAAUACUCUAUAAAAAAUGAGGGAGAUGUCAGCCGGCCAGUCACAUAAGUGGGGCAGUGGCUUGGAGAGGGUCGUUUCAUGUGUGUAUUUAACUGAUUUUGGAUACUGUAAUGGACAAAUAUUUUUUUAAACAUAUGAAUGUUGUUUGUAUGAGAAUAUUUUUAGCACCACCAAAUGGACCCAUCUUAUCUUCUUCCAUUUGCCUAUGGAUUGAGAUGUUAUGUGUGUGUGUGUGUGUGUGUGUGUGUGUGUGUGUGUGUGUGUGUGUGUGUGUGUAUGUGUGUGUGUUUUAUCUAUAUGUAUGUGUGAGAGAGAGUUUUAGUCAGUGUAUAUCAGAUAAAUGUGGAUAUAUGCUUGAAUAUGGAUGUGACUGUGAAUGUGAUUUUACGAGUGUUUACACAGUGUGUAUGUGUGUGUGUGUGCGUGUGUGUGUGUGUGUGUGUGUGUGUGUGUGUGUGUGUGUAAAGACAGAAGCAGGUAUUUGGAAGUGUCAGAGGGAGUGUGAAAGUGGAAUGAGGGAGAGGUCCUGUCGUCAUAGAAACAGGAGGAGAGUUGGGUUCUGAAGCUGGUCUGUGGAGAGGCCUGUAGUUCUGUAUUUCCUGUUUGAAAAUGAUCCAGAAAAGAAAGAAAGAAGAAAUGUAAUAAAAACAAAUUUACUAACCUUUGUAAUUAAAUGGAUGCAAAGUGGCUCCUCUUCAGAACCCUUUUCGGGGAAUGGAGAGAGGGAAUCAAUACAGCUGUUCAGGAGAUAUUUAUAGAAACUUAAUAGAAAACUCAAUUUCUCCUUUCAAUGGUGAUGCUGGUGGGACCUCUUUGGAAUUGGCACUCUGUCUGAAAAUAGGUUUUGAAAAUAUAAAUACUGUCAUUCAUUUUUGCUGGGUUGUGCCUUGUGUCUGAACACAUAUCUCUUUAUGCUAGGUUGGGCCUUGAGGUAUUGAAGCAGUGCUGUAAUUUAGUAGUUUCCCGGUCAGCUUUGAGGUAAUGGUCCAUUAAGUGUCUCAGAAACCAACCCUGUCAGGAACAGAAAUGUAUUCAGAAAUGUCCCCAGGCGGUGGUUAUAUUUUAAAAUCUAUUCAGUGUGAGAUGCUUACUUCCUGUGUCUGUCUUUGGUAUUCUGAGAGCAGCUAGGCUCACUCCAGAACCUCCCUCACCUUUCCUCUGAGAGUGUGCUGCCCCCUGUAGGCCUGUUUAAACAGUGCACCCUGAGGCUGUGUCGUGCUGCUGCUGCUGUUGCAUUGACUUUCUCCCCUAAUCAGGCUCGGCACUGAGCUGCAGUUUUUUUUUUCUAUUUUCAAGACAUUGCUUUAGAUGUGUGAAAAUGAACAAUGUUAUAGGUGAGAGGGCACAUUAUCAGAUUUAUGUAAGAUUUACGCACACACAAACACACUCGCACACAUACAUACAAAACAUUCACAUACUCACACAGUUAGGCACAAUUAGAUUAUUACCAUGAUUGUGAGUGAAGAUGUUUAAAUGUACAAUGUACAUUUGUGUGUGUGUGUGUGUGUGUCUGUGUGUGUGUGUGUGUGUGUGUGUGUGUGUGUGUGUGUUGUCAGGGCCUCUGGCACUGAGGAUUUGAUGCAAGGGCUUGGGCCUCUCCUUUAGUAACUGCCUCUGCUUGCUUUUUUUAUCAGCAUGAAGGUAGACAAACAUCUCUUAAGCUAGAUGGACAAGUGUUAGUGUGUGUGUGCAUGUGGGACUGUGUCCUGUGCAGCCUCUGGAUGACGAUGCUUAAUGAAGAUGCAUCUGACGGGGCUACAGGAGAGGUUGUUUGCAAGCCCGGCUGAUUCCUCAUUCAGUCUUUAGCCCUUAGUCUGACGACACACACACACACACACACACACACACAUACACAUAUACAUGUGCUCUUUUUUACUCAUGUCCCUCCCAAGCCUGUUGAAUUCCAUCUGUUGUGAAUAGAGCAUUCAUGUCCUGGGGAGUGCUAACUCAGUCAGCCAUGGUAAUGGCUGUUGAAGUACACCCUUCAUGCUAGCACAUGACUCUACCAUGGCUGUUAUAGCUCACGGAACAGUAAACACACAUCCGAGUGCAGGUAGCCCCAGUGCUGUUGUGUGUGCGCCAUGACUAGCAGAAUGUUAUUUGUGGCUUUGAUGAAACUUCACUGUGAUGGGAACAGUGACAAGAGAGAACAUCCUGUGUCAAACGAUAUUCAAAAAUACUUGGCUCUUCCCCCUGUGAAGAGCUGAUUUUGAAGAGGCAUGUGUGUGGUCAUGGUAAUGUUCCCAGUGCGCUCACUCUCCUUGACACACAAACGACACUCAGGAGCAUAGGGCUAUGUAAAAGCCUGUGUGUGUGUGUGUGUGUGUGUGUGUAUAUGAAGUUUAAUUUGGAUUAUUCCAUGAUAUAUGCUUAUCUUCUAAUCCAAAUUAGUCAGGGGGAAAACUUGCAAAAAAUAGUUGAACCCCUUAAAAAAAAUAGUAUUUGAGGUUUUUGCAUUUUUGGCAUCCUUAGGGCAUGUAGUCAACAUUUGUUGAUGAUAACAUCAAAUUUAGGUGAUGGCAAUUUUUUUAUUGGCAUAUUUCCAAAAUGGGGUGGAUAGUUCAUUUAUGAGGUAACUGAAAAGGUCAGAGGUAAGGUUCAUAUUUUAAUUGUCAGGGUGAUGGUCAAUUUGGGCCCAAAAUCCAAUAAAAAGCCAUUAUAGUAGAGGUCCUGGGUAAGAUUUGUAUGCACUUCAUUUAGCGGAGAAUAUCUCAACUGUUAUAGACUAAUAUGACCCCACUGAACAACAUGGGAUGUGUGCCAAAAUCUCUACCCAACUCUAUCUUACCACUCCCUCUCCCUCUGACCCCCUACCACACUCCCUCACUGAAUGCCUCUCUGACUUCUCUGACCAAUUAUGGAUGCAAAACAAUUUUCUCAAGCUCAACACAGACAAAACCGAAAUUCUGCUGAUUGGCCCUAAAAGCAUCCUCACCAAAUCUCCCCAUCUCACUCUCCACAUUGAUGGCUCAUCAUCCAUACUCCACCCCGGUUGUUAAAAACCUUGGCAUUCAGCUUGACUCCACCCUUAGCUUUGAUCCUCAUAUCAAAUCACUCACUAAGAUUGCU